UCUUUUUCCAGUCAGGUCAAUUCAGUGAAGAUAUGAUCCCUACCGUGGGCUUCAACAUGAGAAAAGUUACGAAGGGUAAUGUUACAAUAAAGAUUUGGGAUAUAGGAGGGCAACCGCGAUUCCGAAGCAUGUGGGAACGAUAUUGCAGAGGAGUUAAUGCUAUUGUCUACAUGGUAGAUGCUGCAGAUCGUGAAAAAAUAGAAGCCUCUCGAAAUGAGCUGCACAAUCUUCUAGAUAAGCCACAGUUACAAGGAAUCCCUGUUCUAGUACUUGGAAAUAAGAGAGACCUUCCUAAUGCUUUGGAUGAGAAACAGCUAAUUGAAAAGAUGAACCUUGCUGCUAUUCAGGACAGAGAAAUCUGCUGCUACUCAAUUUCUUGCAAAGAGAAAGAUAAUAUAGAUAUCACGCUUCAGUGGCUUAUUCAGCAUUCAAAAUCUAGAAGAAGCUGAAGUCUUCCUGGAAUCUCCAGUACCAGUUGGCCAUAAUCUCAAUUGUCCACUUCCCUCCAUAAUGAGAUAUUACCCAAAAAUCCUGUAUCAAGAAUCUGCCUUUUCACGGUUCAUUUCUCAUGUGCACUGCUGAAGACUUGUAUUCCUAUUCUGUCACAAAACAACUAGAGUUGUCAUGAUAAAGUCAGCACAAAUAUUUAUUUUACAACCAUCUGUGGUGGGAGGGUUGUGGGGGGGCUUUUUAAAAAGAAAAAAUAUCUCUCUACCAUGUCAACUAUGAUGGUACACUCUGUUCUGGUUUUUCAGGGCCAGGUUUUUAUAUGAUUUUCAGCAAGUGUUUUAUUUCUAGUGUUUAGUGGCUUGAAGGUGCUGAUGCUUGACAGCAUUAAGAUUCUGUAAGAUGCCACAUACAGUAGUUAGAAAACAUUUAAGCGUGAGUUGUGGGAUACUGAUUUAUCUCACAAAUGCAUGUGAUGUGUGUAUGUAAGCAGAGAAAUGGAAACUGUUUGCAGAGGGGAGCACAAGGCAUAGAUCAGCAUCACUAAUCUACAGCUGAGAUCUUAAUCCUUUCACUCGAAAAAAAGAAAACUCAUGAUGAAUUAGGGAAGAGUCAACUGUUUAAAAUCAUUUUGUUGCUUCUGUUUAACAUUUGUGUGGGGGAUGGGAAUGGACUGUUCUGUCAAGCUUUCAAAAAUUGGAGUAUUCCAGCAUGAAAACAAAUUGCUAGGAACAUCAGACUUUGUUCAAAUACGUUUUUCUAUCUACAGAUACUAGCGGUCUCUCUCUGAAACCAGAACACACAUUCUGAGCAGCUGCAUGACACUUCAAUUACUGAUGUUUUCUUAGGGAGUCAGUUGUUGACCUUCAGCACAAUAUCUGCGUUAUUGUCUAGUGUCUCUCCUGCUCAUGGAAUGGCUGGGCACAGUUUUACCUGGUGCUAUGGAAUAUCUGGGCUAUUGUGACAACUCUAGACCUGCCUGCUUUCUUGAUGUAACCAUGUGCAAAGUCUGUAAGCUGCAAGAUGAAACGUUCUGCUGCGGCAAAGCACAAGAGAGCCACCGAAUCGAUCCUGUUUCUUGACUAGCUCCUGCAGUAUAGGGAAGUAUGUGUAAACUAAAGAUUGUAAUGUUUUUGUAGCUUUACUUUCUCAGUGACUUCAGUAUAUUUAAAGGGACAGACUUGUUAAGACUGGUUUGUUCAUACAGUAACGUCAGUGUAGCUUCCUAGUGUGUGCAAAUACACGGUACACCUGCUUGUGUCGCCUCACACCGUGUGUGAUUCUUCACCUCAAUGUGGUUUGCAUUACGUCGGAGUCCUUGGUUGGAAACACUCGUUAGUCCCUGUGGGUUAUGACAAGCCAGUUUUAAUUUAGCCUGCCACGGCCUUACUGUUCUGUACCACCCGUCGCACUGUUGCACAGACACUACGUGCUGCCUGCAUUCAGUCUGAACCUGCAUUUUAACUUUUUGUCCCCUUUCAGUUCUCUGAAGCAUGAUUUCAAUUAAUUCAUACUCUGGUGCUGUAGAGGAGAGGGUAUAUUAACUUGCUACUGUAGUCCCUAGUUCACCAGGAACUGCUACAGUUACUUUUAUUUAGCAAACUUGCUUGUGCCUAAAAUAAGGAAACUAAACUAGAAUGUGUGAAUCUUUGUGGGGGACCAGGUCACUGUUUAGUUAACUGGCCUAUAGCUAAACUUGAUGUGUUUGGUGUUUAUAUACUUCACUGCUUUCAGCGUUUAUGGCAUCCAAACACUACCAAUUGUUAACCUGUGCAUUACUCUCUGCAUGUGAACAACUUAUACAAUUACUGAACUUUGUAAAUACGUGAAUUUUUUUAUUUAGGUGGAUGCAUAUGUUGGUUUACUGCUCUUCAGCUUUACUCAAUAAACUUAUGUUUUGAGGGUUGUAUUGACACUU